UUACAUUGAAGUCGUUAGAGAAAAUGGAGGGAGGUACCAGCUACAUAAUCAUAAUGUUUACUUCCGGAAGAUGUACAUGUGCUUUGAAACAAAGUUUGACGACGACAUUUGAAUCUAACAGUAACACAUAUCAGCCGGCAUGUCUUAAAACGUUUAUCAAUCUGAGAAGAAGAACUGCAUCCAUGUGAGAAGAUUAUGAACUUACCGGAAGUGUUUUUUCCAGCCUAUGUUUGUCCACACGACAAAGCACGUGAGAUUUUUGUCGAUUGCGGAAAGCACAUCCACGUUGACAUUGCUGACGCCGAAGAACAGAAGUUUAAAACACAGACUCUUCAUCCUGGUUCUAAGAAAAAUCUGCGAUUGUCAGCAACAACUCCUACUCUUCCUCUCGCACCAGCAACUCAUCUUUAUGUCUAUCCAUUUGUGGACAGAGUAUCAGGCAAGCUGCUUCAGAAAAGGUCAUCAGCUCGGGACUUUGUUUCCCAAUUUCCUCACCUGAAGUAUCGCAUUUCUAAAGAGAAAACAAAACGAAAACAACAGAAAAAUACUGCCUGGUUUUCAGCAGCACUCAAUGCAUACAAAGAAUUUCGAAAUGAUCCAUUUGUUCCUAGUGUAAAUGCUGCCUAUACCGGUGGGUGUUUGGCUUGUGCUGGUUAUUCAAAAAAUGACGAAAUCCAUCUCGUUCAUGCCACAGGCCAGGAUUUUGAUAUUCUGAGACUGGUUUCGGUGACCCCUAACACAUCAACUGACCUCUUGGAACAAACCGCUGUCAUUGAUCAGAAUGUUGACUCUCAGAUUUUUGAAGUCGUCUCUUCCAGGACAGGACAAAGUGAAUUCUGUGCUGUUAGAAAGGAAUUUGGAUAUGAAUUGUUUGAAUUGCAACGGAGUCACAUGGUGAAAAUUGUCUCCCUUGACCAGAGGACCUUUACAGAUGAAAGAUUAACAUCAUUAGCUCUCAGUCCGUAUAUUAGCGGAGAAGUUCUUGUGGCCACAGAAAAUGGAUCUCUUCACCUCAUCUCACCUGGAGAAAGUGCGAAGACUGUAAAGGAGAAUUGGCUUCCUCGUUUUGAGUGUUUCGAGCCCUGGCGUCAGUGUUACUUUGCAGCUCAUCCGAGACAGUUUGUCACAGCAGACCGGACAGUGGUUAAACUGUUCGAUUCUCGAACGAAGUUCGAGGAACGGGUGGAUUUAUUUGCUCUGCCAAACAAGUUGUUACGACAAUCCGAAAGAGUGAUGGUUGCUAAGCAACAGACUUCCUGCGCAUUCCAUCAUAUUGUCGCCACAGACGCCUCCAUGUUCAUUAUCGACCAGCGAUUCCCUGGACAUCCACUUUCCCACUGGUCGUUCUCUCAGAAGGCUGCCCCUCAAUACAUCUCUUCCUGUGACAUCUCGGUGAGUGACGACAUCCACACCAACAUCAUCAUCGUCGGAACACAGCAUCCACCGGAGACGUACUGCUUUCAGAUCCAGUUUGGUGGGUUAUCUCCCUUGCAGACCACUACCCAGCCUUGGAGGCUCUCCAGAAUAAGUGAUUUCAGUAAGUUUGAGAAGGUGACUACCUGUGCAGACAUGAUGUUGUUACAGCAGAGGUUCAAAACGUCGCUCGCCGGUGUGGCCGUCUGUUCUGGACAGACACAGCAUUCCUUCCAUGCAUUUCAGUCGACAGGAAUCCUCGCCGGUGCGGCCAUCAAUCGGGCGGGCGUCUGGCUCCAGAGAGACUGCAGACUUUUAAAGUUUGUGGAUCACUGUUCUGCUAACCCAGACCUUUACGACGUGGUCCGGUUCAACUGUGGAUUCAUGAUCAUAGAUUUGCUUGCUGAACAUCUGACUCACGUGCUGUGUCCCCUCUGUACACCCGAGUCGGACAACAACACGCAGGGCAGUCCACCGAUCACAACAGAAACUCUUGUGUGCGAUAAUUGCGGCCACUCGCGGAGAAAGAUGGACCCUGUGUAUCACGGCCAGUGUAGUCCAGACAGAGAGUCCCUGGAAGGAGAGGGCGUCUGUGAGAACUGUGGUGAGGUGUUACGGUCACCCAAGACUUCUCCCGACAAACAGAACAGUCGGGACAGAGAGUUUAUGGAAGGCAUCGACAGAUGUGAGAAUUGCGGACAUUCACUGAAGAUGGCUGAUGUUCUGUAUGGAAUUCGAGCAAAGGACUGUAUAGUGGGCGGAGACAGUGUCAGUCUUGACCUGUUCAACAGACAGGUCCCACAUCUUGACCAGGUCCCACAGUCCAGUCCCAACACUCAGAUCCUGACAAAAUUGUGGCGGGGAGAGACGGACAUCUUGGAUCUUUUAGCAGCGCGGGAAGAAGAAAGAAAGAAAAAGAAAGAAGAAACAAGGAAAAAACGUAAAGCAGAAAAGAAAGGAGAUGAGAAAAAAAGCAAAGAAGUCAAUAUCAAGGGAGAUGACUCCGAUAUGGAAUCUACUGAGAAUUCUGACAAAGGGGUGAUAAAUCAGUCCGAAAGUGAUCCUUUUGAUGAGGAGGAUGCCAAUGCUCAGGGUGUUGGGGAACAGAGUACGUCUGCACCAUUUGUGCAUGAAGAUAAAGAAGAAACAGAAAUAGAGAUGUCUCUUAAUGUUGAAUCUCUAAAAUCUCACAAAUUGACGUCUGCUCUCUCCAGCAAGCCGUCUGCUGAAUCAAAGCGCGUCCUGGAGAGUAGAGAAAGUGUUUUAGGAUUUUAUGCGAUUCCUUCCAAACCUACAGGGUCGACAUCAACUACCUUGACACCAGUAACACCAUCUACCUCAGCAUCACCUAUGCAUAAAACAAGUAAAAAAGACCGUCACUUAACCAGACUGAAGGAAAGUGAAUUAUCAGUCGACACUGUGGAGAGUCGCUUGUUGGGAUUGCGGGUUGCCUUGAUGGACAUUGAACACAAGCACACAUCUGUUGAUGCAACAAAGACAACAAAACAAAGUAACUCAUUUAAAUCACCAGAUGUAACAAAAACCAAACACACAUCUGCUGAUACAGCAAAUACAACACAGGACAAAUACACAUUUAAAUCUUCAGAGUUAACAAAAACCAAACAAUUAUCCAUUGAUGCAACAAAGACAACAAAAGAAAAAGACUCAUUUAAAUCAGCAGAUGCAGCAAAACCAAAACACACAUCUCCUGAUACAGCCAGCACAAGUCGCGACAAUCACGUGUUUAAAUCACCAGACUCCAGACGUGACUCGAAAACAAAACGGAGAAGACAUUCCUCCUCCUCUAGUGACAGGUCGGUACGUUCCAACUCUUCCCACGUGGGGUUCCUUGGGACGCCGCCGAGACUGAAAAAAAAAGACAGUCUCUUGGACUUGGUGUUACCAGACGAUGACGAUGAAAGUCUGGAGUUGUUUACCCAGUUCGAUACUCACAGCUUCAUCGCUAGUACCCUGCCGAGAGUCUCAUCACCCGGUUUUAGUUCACCCACCAACCUGACUAAAGGCUUCCAAAAAAGAGUGCCGCUUACAAAAUCAAGAAAGAAACACAUCACUGGGUUCUAAGAGAUUAGUAGUAGUAGGGAUUGUUAGACACCGAGGGGUGGGACGUAGCCCAGUGGUUAUAGUGCUCGCCUGAUAUUCAGUUGAUGUAGGAUUGAUCCCAGUGGGCUAUUUCCUGUUUCAGCAAGAGCACCAAAGCUGCAGUGUAUGCCGGGUAAUCAUCCACCAUGUGGGGUCAUACACUCGGGAGACACACUCGUAAUCGCAUCCGUGAAGUGGGUGAAACUGUGUAUAUGGCCUUACACCUACCCAUUGAGCCUAGCCGCGCACUCACUCUGGGUUGGAGCCGGUACAGGCAUGAAAAAUCACCCAUUGCGUCAAGAACCCAGUACCUACCAGCCUCAUUCCUCUGUGAAAUGUUAUUUCGUGGAUGGGAGUAUACUGUAAAAUAGCUUCCCACCCGCCCCAUGUAAUCAGUUGUAGAAGAGGCGCGAGUCUAGACUUAGAAAAGACACACAGUAACAGAUGGAAUUUUGUAUCUGGUCAUGUGAAUCUGAAGUAAAAAAAACAUUUAAAAGUUUGUUUUCGUUUAACUACACCACUAGAGCACAUUUAUUUAUUAAUCAUCGGCUAUUGGAUGUCAAACAUUUGGUCAUUCUGAU